AGAUUGACAGUUGACGGUUGACGGGCCGAAAUUGUCAAACAGUCCAUUUCAGUUAUGUCAGAAACUAAAUAUUUUUUGUUUUUUAUUUAACAAAAGAUUUCAGGUCAUUCAAAUAUUCUUCCAUUGCAUACUAGGACAUGUCUGAAGCGACUUCUAAAAAAAUAGAUGAAUUACUUUACCGAAUUAAAAACGAAGGAAGUCCCUCUAAUUUAGGUAUGAGUCGCUCUGGUACCGGAGGCCUACCCACUAGUCGGAGAGGUUUAUCUCUGGGACUAAAUAGCAACAAUGGAAGCCCUGUUAUGACUAGACCAAGAAAUCUGAAUUUUAGUACUCGACAAAAUGAUGAUUUAGAAACAGAAAAAAAACUCAAAGAAAUAAUGCAAAUUAGUGGUGAUUUAACAAUAGAUGGAGAAUUGUACAAAACUGAUAUAAAGGAUAUGGAACAUAUAGAAGAACUGGGAAAUGGUACAUGUGGUCAUGUAGUAAAAAUGAGGCAUAAACCUAGUAGAAGUAUUAUAGCAGUUAAGCAAAUGAGACGGUCUGGUAAUAGUGAUGAAAAUAAAAGGAUUAUAAUGGACAUAGAAGUAGUCUUAAAGUCACACGACUGUAAAUAUAUAGUUCAAUGUUUAGGAUGUUUCAUAACAGAUUCUGAAGUCUGGAUCUGUAUGGAACUCAUGGAUACUUGCUUUGAUAAAUUGUUAAAGAGGUUUAAAGAACCAAUUCCAGAAGAAGUAUUAGGAAAAGUAACAGUUGCUACUGUGGAAGCUUUAUCGUAUUUGAAAGACAAACACGAUGUUAUGCAUAGAGAUGUAAAACCGUCAAAUAUUUUAUUAGAUACGAAAGGUAACGUAAAACUCUGUGAUUUUGGUAUCAGUGGAAGGCUAGUAGAUUCCAUGGCAAAAACAAGAAGUGCCGGUUGUGCGGCAUAUAUGGCUCCUGAACGAAUCGAGCCACCCGAUCCUAAAAAUCCCGAUUAUGAUGUUAGAGCAGAUGUUUGGUCCCUCGGCAUUACCCUCGUAGAAAUGGCGACGGGAGUGUUCCCGUAUCAAGAUUGCAAGACUGAUUUUGAAAUGCUUAGCAAAGUAAUAGGACAGGCACCGCCAAGUCUACCGACUGAUAAAGAAUUUUCUCCUGAAUUUAGAGACUUUGUAGCUUGUUGUUUAAUAAAAGAUCAUAAACAAAGGCCCAAAUACACAUUAUUGAAGAAUCAUCCAUUUAUGAAAAAAUACGAAGAAAUAAAUAAUGUGAAUGUAGGCGAGUGGUAUGUAAAAUUGAUCAAACAAUCAGAAGAAAUGACAUACAGAGCGUCGCCUAGACAAAAUUCUACAACCCACUCAAUUCGUCAGUUUUUCACCGGUCGUCAACCUUCACAAAUUCAACUACCUCCUUCAACCGUAAAUUCAUACGGCGUAUCGAAUGGAAAAAUUUCACCUCCUAGCCAUACAAGGCCCGCAUCAUCUCCAUCGGAUAAAAAAGUUCCUCAUAUGUCUCGGUACAAUUAUUUUAGAAGAGAAAAUCCUUCGCAAGAAUCAUUGGUUCAAUCAUCCAAAAAUGAUACCCCUUUCCAACUGAACAAAAAUAACGUAGAAUCAAUGAAAGAGCAACUCGAAAAUAAAUUGGAGCAGACGAAUGCAGGAUCUCCAUUAGUCUUAUCUUCUAAUACCCGUCGACUUUUGGAAAGUUCUUCAAGUUCAUCAAAUGCUCCUUAUCGACAUCGAAGGGUAGCCAGUGAAACGAGAUGGCGUUCUCCUAGUGCUUCACCUCUUCCGCUCAGAACACAAUUUCAAGUGGAAGAGCCACAUUACAACUGCGGAAAUACUAGUCCUAUAAUACUCCAGAGAUUUUAUCACCAACAAAAACAGCAACAAAUGUUCAGGGAGGCUGAAGAAUCAGGAAAGAAACGUUUCGCCUCUUACAUAAAAUUGCAACUUGGUGGAGACCGUAGCGGUAGAUCCUCAAGGCACCAAAGUCCGGAACCCCCUCCUCGGCUUAAUAGAUACCCUAAUGCUGAUAACCAAAGUCCCUUAACACUACGUAGAAAUUUCUUAGAAAACAAUUCUCUUAAUUCUCCUAGUCUAUCACGAAGGUACGUAUCACCAACACCACCGGUGCCUCCUCCUCGGAGACUUUCAGAGAGUUCUUCAGUACCUGGAUCCCCUCAACAUUUACGUGCACGCUUCCACUACACUCCCGAGCCACAAAGAAGGCCUUUCAAAAAUGAUGAAGUCUCAUAACAGUGAACUAAUUCGCCUCCAAGAAAGGAGGAACAUCAUAGGAAACUGUUUCAUUGAAAUUUCGGCUAAUACACAAAAAAGAAUAUUAUUUUUAAGGGGAUAAUAAUUUUGGUUAGUAUCAGUGUAAAAUCUGCAACCAAAAACCUGACAGGAGUACGUUAGGAAUCAGCGUGUACUCCUUGUCUUUAAUUUAUGAGAAUAUCUUUUCAAAAAGUCAAAAUAUACUGUAAAUCGCAUUUUUAUUAUACGUAACAUUAGUAAUAUCAAUUCCAAAGAUACAAACCUCACGCGCUUCAAAUAGAAAAAUAAAAAUUAUUCUCCAAUUUUUCAAUACAAAAGCUUAGGUGCUUCAGAAUGAAUAGCAGUGAUUUAAAUCAUGAUAUUUAUUGCAUUAAACUAAAACUUAUAAUUAAUACAACGAAUGAAAGAGCAACUCGAACAUUUCUCAUGAAAACCUACAAGUAUUCAAUAAGAGCACACUGUCAUAUUGAUUUCAUCACUUUGUUGUGUCAAAAUGGAUAAACAACAGUUUUUUUCUUUUGGCGCUUGUUUAAACACUAUAAUGACUAUUUCAGGGUUUCUAGGGGAAUUGAAAACCGGGAAAAAACUGGAAUUUCGCAGUGCCGGGAAUUUUCAGUAAUUUUGAAUGAGCCAACCAGACAUAGCAAUUUGGUGUUGAUGUCGUUCAAAAACCUUUCGACUAAUCUCAGAAAUAGCGUCAUCCAAUCGAAACAACAUGUUGAACCUCUCUCGUAACUGCACUCUUACGGGCUCACUUAUCUAUGGUUGAGACUUGAGAGCGCGUUACAAUUUGUUUAAAGACAGUCCUUCCAAAAGAGAAAUGUUUUAAACCGUGGAAAAGUCUUUGGAUAAUAAACUACUACUGGCUAAACUGGCAUUCUUUCAGUCUAUCCGAACCAUGUCUUAAAAAUUUUCAAAGUGAAUGGCUCCUAAUCCAUUUAUUUAUGGAGACCGAAAUUCUUCAAAGAGCUCCUAUUUAUAAAGUAGACAUUUUCAAUAAAGAUUCCAAAGGUUUAUUCCGCAACCUCAAAAAAUAUAUCGAUUUGGAGUAUGACACAAGAGAAAAAAUGCAUUGGAGAUAAAGAUAAAGACAUAUUGAUCUUUCGCAAGAAUUGUAAAAACUAUUUGAUGUAUACGGUUUUCAACCUUUUGGGAAAAAUGCCUUUAAUAUUCAAAUUAUCUAAAACAAUAAGUUUCCUUAAUCUGAAUGAGACUCGCAACGAUCCAAAACAAUCCGUGCAACUGAUAUCUGAAGUAUUUUACAUUUUGUUGACUGCAAACAGAUUCAACGCCAAUACAAUGGAAGAAGCUGAUAUGGCUUUUAGAGAUAUUAUUCUGACGAAUCUGAUCCCUCUAAAUAAGAUGAAAAACUAUUCCAGAUAUGAUAGAGUAUAGAGCUAUUGUAGACAUCCAAACUGUUGAAUAUUAUCGGCGCUUGUACCCCACAUUUGAAUUCUACAUACCAGUAAAUGAUGCUUAGUUUCCCUUUUCACUAUAAUACUGUUUAAGCCAAGAUUUUACUUCAGUAGUUCGUUUUCCGGUUAAAAAUAAUGCUUAUCAACACACGAAAUAAUUUUUUUCUUCAGUAUCACUGAAUAGUAUUACUUCAAUAUUACUCCCGAACGGAUCUUGUGAAGUAAAUAGGUUAACCAUCUUAUUGAAUGUGACAUUAGCAUCUACAGGAUGAGUAGACUAAAUAUUAUCUAUCCUAUAACUUGAUUUCCGACAAACCUUGCCCAAACAUUAACUAUGCGUACGAGUGUGGUCUUUUUUAUUUCAGCGUGAAUACUCAUCUCUUGAUGACUGAUAAUUUUGUCGCUUAACUUUACCAUUUAACAAAACGUAGAUUCUUUAUAUAUCUGACUGUAUUUUGUGUGUAGUUGAUCCAUAUUUUCUUCACAAAACUGCAGUCUUAUAUCAAGAUCAUCUUUCAAUAAUUCCUGGAAGAAUAUAAGUUUGUCGGGAUGCAAUUUUAUGUUCCUUAAGAGAUAUCAAGAUUUUAUUGAAACAAUAGUAGUAUAUUUGUUUUGAUAUCUUCACUCGGGGCAGUUUGUUGCAAUUUGUAAAAAUUAAAACAAAUAUGACGUCAUAUUUCUAAGUUGUGAAACCCUGUAUACAUUAUAAUCUUAUUUAAAAAAUUGCGGUUGGAAUUACUGGGAUUAUUUUAAAAAAAUUAUAUAAACCUAUUGAAUUUAUUCCAAAUUACAGAUUCAUAGUGUAUGUUCGAGAUGAAUUAAAAAAAUGAAGUUUGCAUUUAAUAUGUGAUUCAGUCUGUAUAUAUAUAAUUUUGUGAAAUUAUUUUGAUGAUUCAGUGUAAUUUUUGUAAAAAUCAUUUUUAUUUCUCUAUUUGUAUCAUACUAAAAGGGGGGACGUCAAUUUAUAAUGAAAACCCUGGUACAAACAUACAUUAUAAAUGGUGCUUUUUUGGACGCUGGCAGCAUUUUGCGAGAUUAUCAUAUUUUUCUAAUGAUGCAAAGUAAUAGAAUUAACUUAAAGGGGGCAAAACGGACCUUCUUGGAAAAUAAAUUUUAGGAUAGAUUUUUUAAUAUUCCCAGCACAUUUUCCUCGUCGACAACUCCAAAGGUAGUUUUUGAUUUUCUCGCAAAUAAUUUUCUAUAAAAUUCAUAAAAUUUUGGUUAUUCAUUUGGUGCAAAACGUUGGUUGAUAAUGAGAGUAUAGUUCGGAUUUUAUUAUAAUAUUUAAAUUGACAUUAAAGUGAUAGUUAAUAUAAAGUAGUGAUUUUUUUGUUGUAAUCAAUAAUGUGAAUAUUGAGAGUUUGUAAAUUUACUCCUUGCUAAACUGAAAUCUGAUCAUGAACAUUUUGUUUUAUUUAUUCUAUUUAAUUUCGUUCGUUAUCUAAAGUUCCGAAAAGGCUGACUGACUGUUUUGUUUUUGUUACUUAUUUUGUUACUGUUACUUAAUUAUAUUUUUGUCAUAUCUACUAAAUAUCUGGUAUGUUCAAAUAGAUUUUGUGAAAGAUUUAUAUCUUCAGGAGAAGGGAGAUUUAAAUACUUUUCUAAUUUACUAUUGAAAUACACAAUGUUUCUCAAUUGUUUAACCAAUAAAUAUCAAUAAAAUGUAAGGAAGUA